UCCUUUCACAUUCAAUUCUUGCGAUCUUCUGGGUCCCCCCCCCCUCCUCUUCCCCCUUGUCUCCUUCUCCAACAUUUUCAGUUUUGUUUCGUUUUAUAUUUACUACUAGUACACAACUCUUCAACCGUUUUUCAGUCUCUCUGUUUUGUUCGUGUCGGAAUCUCUUUCUCCUCUGUUUAUAUACUCUGUUUUCUUGUAAAAGCUUUGAUUUUUUUUAAUUCUAUUAUUUUGAUUCGUUUAACCAUCAGUAUGGUGUGAAGUCAGGGCGCAAACAAAAUGAAUCCUAUAUCGGAGCUGGCUCUCGUGUGGUUACUACUUCUUUGCUCAGUUCUUGCUUCCUUUGGGGAACUUGAGUUUGAUCACUGCGAAAGAGUUGUCAAAAAAUGGGCGGAUGCUUCUUCUCCUUCUCGUGAAGAACAACAUCCUUAUUAUAACAACAAAGACAAACGCUCGCUUCGGGAUCUGCUCUUCUUUCUCCAUGUUCCUCGAACUGGUGGCAGAACGUACUUUAACUGUUUCUUGAGGAAGUUGUAUGAUAACGCUGAGGAAUGUCCUCGUUCUUACGACAAGCUCCGUUUCGAUCCAAGGAAGGAGAAGUGCAAGUUGUUGGCCACGCAUGACGAUUAUAGUUUGAUGGAAAUGCUACCGAGGGAUAAAACUUCGGUGAUGACGAUAGUCCGUGAUCCCGUCGCUCGUGUGUUGAGCACUUACGAAUUUUCCGUUGAGGUAGCAGCUAGGUUCUUGGUGCAUCCCAAUUUGACUUCUGCUGCAAUGAUGGCUGGUCGCAUUCGCAAGAAUAAUGUAAUAAGCACGCUGGACAUAUGGCCUUGGAAGUACCUUGUUCCAUGGAUGAGAGAAGACCUCUUUGCUCGGAGAGAUGCAAGAAAAGUUAAGGGAGUAGUCAUCAUUGAGGAUAAUAACCCUUACGACAUGGAGGAGAUGCUAAUGCCGCUGCACGAGUAUCUCGACACUCCUACUGCUCAUGACAUAAUCCACAACGGAGCUACAUUUCAGAUUGCAGGAUUGACAAACAAUUCACAUUUAGUAGAAGCACACGAGGUUAGGCAUUGUGUGCAGAAGCACAAAAACCUCGGUGAGCCAGUUCUUCAAGUCGCCAAGAGAAGGUUGGACAGCAUGUUGUAUGUUGGACUGACAGAGGAGCACAGAGAAUCUGCAUCACUUUUUGCUAAUGUAGUUGGUUCUCAGGUGCUUUCCCAAGUGGUUGCGUCAAACUUAACUGCAAAAAACAAAACUACUAAACCAGAAGAAAGUGACGCAGUUUCAGAAUCAGGGUCAGAUAAGAGUAAAAUUCAAAAUGGUACAUCUGAAGUUGCAUCGAAUAAGAUAGAAGCCAAGAGUGGAAAUAUGACGGUCAAAACCCUGAUGGAAGUCUAUGAAGGCUGCAUUACUCAUCUAUGGAAGUCACAAGGAACCAGACGGGUCAACUCCUUGAAGAGAAUAUCGCCAGCAAAUUUUACCACAGAGACGCGUACAAGAGUUUCUAGAGAGGUCAUUGAGCAGAUCAUAUCGCUUAACAAUCUAGAUGUGGAGCUUUACAAGUAUGCUAAAGAAAUCUUUGUCAAAGAACAUGAACUUGUGUCAAAGAAGAAGAUGGUUUCAACAUCUAAGAGAAGCAUUGCUGAUCUGCAGAACGUGUUUGGAGAAAUGGAUGAUGAGAAGCUGUGGAAGUUCGUAUCAGUGGCAUUGAUGCUUUUACUGCUCUUCCUCUUGUUUCUAUUUGUAAACUUUAGAAGAAGAAGAACCUCCAAGGUUAAGAUUUGAUACUUUUCACUCUUUUAGGCCAAAUUCAGCAAUUGGGAGAAGCUUUUGGGUCCAAUUGUAAUAUUCUUAAAGCUUUCUGGGUCCAGAUGUAAUAUUGAAGAGAAAAAGGUUUGGGCCU